AUGCUUAGAUUUCAUGUGCAAUCAAGGAAGAAUGUGGGUGUUGUCUCAACUCUCUUUCAAGCUCCACAACUGGGAGCAUGCAACUAUUUUCCUGCACUUCACGCCCGCAAGCGAAACUUAGAGCCUGAGCCACUUCUCAAACCAACCAUUAUCAAAGAAGUUUCAGAGGACGAUGAAGACGACGACGACGUUAUCUUGGAUAACUUCGAAGAAGAUGAGGCAUCAAUGAAUGAUGAGGGUGAUGAUUACUACGAAGAAGAGCUGGAGAUGGAGGCGGAGGAGGUGGGGGGUAUGGUUGGAUACAAGGCAUUAGAAAUAGCUGAAGAAGUUAUUCUGUCCUUUGAUGGUGACCCGAAAAUAUAUGCGUUUAAAACGUUGCCAAUUUCACCAUCCAAGUGCGCAUUGAGAAGCUUUUGA